GACGAGGGCCGGGGGUGGGGAUCUGGGAGGGUAUUUAGGCCCCCAACCCCGCACAGCCUGACCCACGGAGCCGGCGCCAGACUCGGACCAGGACCCUCUGCCGCCGCCCCGCCCGUCACCAUGAAGCUCCUGGCACUGACCGUGGUGUUGCUGACCGUCUGCGGCCUAGAAGGCCACGUGAUCCGCCGGGAGGCGGAGGAGGCCGGGGUCCAGGGCCUCUUCGGCCAGUAUUUCCAGACUCUGACGGACUACAGCAGAGACCUGGUGGACAAGGUCAAGGCCCCCGAGCUACAGGCCCAGGCCAAGGCCUACUUCGAGAAGACCCAGGAGCAGCUGACCCCGCUGGCCAAGAAGGCGGGAUCGGACCUGCUGGACUUCUUCAGCAGCCUGGUGGAGUCCGGCAAGCAGGCGGUCGGCAACUGAGGCCGCGGUCGGCCCGGAGGGUCGGGCGCCCCGUCCUCACCCCUCCCCCCCACCCGAGACCUUCCCACCUUAUCCUCGGCCGGCCCGCUUUUCUAAAUAAACACCGAGAGUCGA